AGAGAGAGGGUCAUGAUGCCCCCAACCUUCCUCCUGCUGCUGUCGGGGGCCCUGGCCCUGACCGAGACCUGGGCGGGCUCCCACUCCCUGAGGUAUUUCGGCACCGCCGUGUCCCGGCCCGGCCGCGGGGAGCCCCGCUUCAUCGCCGUCGGCUACGUGGACGACACGCAGUUCGUGCGGUUCGACAGCGACGCCGCGAGUCCGAGGAUGGAGCCGCGGGCGCCGUGGGUGGAGCAGGAGGGGCCGGAGUAUUGGGAGCGCGAGACGCGGAAGGCCAAGGGCCACGCACAGAUUUUCCGAGACAAUUUGAGUAUCCUGCGCGGCUACUACAACCAGAGCGAGGCCGGGUCUCACACCCUCCAGUGGAUGUCUGGCUGCGACGUGGGGCCGGACGGGCGCCUCCUCCGCGGGUAUGAACAGUUCGCCUACGACGGCGCCGAUUACCUCGCCCUGAACGAGGACCUGUGCUCCUGGACCGCGGCGGACACGGCGGCUCAGGUCACCCGGCGCAAUUGGGAGGCGAAAGGUGUAGCGGAGCUCGACAGGAACUACCUGGAGGGCGAGUGCGUGAAGUGGCUCCUCAGAUACCUGGAGAACGGGAAGGAGACGCUGCAGCGCGAGGAAGCCCCCAAAAGACACGUGACCCACCACCCCGUCUCUGACCAUGAGGUCACCCUGAGGUGCUGGGCCCUGGGCUUCUACCCUGCGGAGAUCACCCUGACCUGGCAGCGUGAUGGGGAGGACCUGACCCAGGACACAGAGCUUGUGGAGACCAGGCCUGCUGGGGACGGGACCUUCCAGAAGUGGGUGGCUGUGGUGGUGUCUUCUGGAGAGGAGCAGAGAUACACCUGCCAUGUGCAGCACGGGGGGCUGCCUGAGGCCAUCACCCUGAGAUGGGAGCCGCCUUCUCAGUCCAUCAUCCUUAUUGUGGGCAUCAUUGCUGGCCUGGUUCUCUUUGUGGUCGCUGGAGCUGUGGUCACUGGAGCUGUGAUCUGGAGGAAGAAAUGCUCAGGUGAAAAUAGAGGGGGCUACACUCAGGCUGCAGAAAGUGACAGUGCCCAGGGCUCUGAUGUGUCUCUCACAGAUCCUAAAGUGUGAGACAGCCGCCUUCUGGGGGACUGAGUGAUGCAAGAUUCGUUCACGUUCCCACUUUGUGACUUCAAAUCUCUUGAAUUCUCUUUCUGCAACUGGUAUCUGGUGUCUGCGUUCCUAUUAGCAUAAUGUGAGGAGGUGGGGAGACGGGCCCUCCCCCUCCCCAUCAUCACCCUCCCCCCCUACUGACCUGUGUUCUUUCCUUGAUUGACCUUCCUGUUCCAGCAGAGGCGGGGCUGGGCCGUCUCCAUCCCUGUCUUAACUUCAUGUUGCAGUGAGCAGUAAUGACUUGCUUCCUUACUGAAAAUAUGAAUCUGGAUAUGAAUUUGUUUUUUCCAAUUUUUUUCUAAGGGAUUGAUGUGUUAAUUAAAGGAGAAGAUCCCUAAAGUUUGAGAGAUGAAAUAAAUAGAAGCACCAAGAACCUUCCAGAAUUAGUGUGUUUGUUGUGCUGAAUCUUUUGCAGUUAGGGACAGGAGAGGGCUGUGAGGAGCCAAAGGUGAGUGGGGCCUGUGCCCACUCAGUGCUCAGUGCAUCGUGGGCUUUGAUGUUGUCAUUCCUUGGCUGGGUCAUCUUUGCUGCUCCUUUGUUCUACGCCCUUCAGUAGAACCUUGUCCCACCAGGACAUAUGAUCAGAGGGAUGAGGAUGUCACCUGCGCAGUGUCCUGUCUUCAAGACCAUGGGCAGCGAGGGCUUCAUGUAACUGGGUCAGC